CUGCCCCUGCUGCAGCAAACCCUAAAGCCUUGUGUGGAGGUGACAAUGUCGCAAAGUGAUGGAGCUUCUGCAAGACAGGUUCCUGAGUAACUGUGUUUAGUAGAACUCCAGCUGACCUGUGCUGGACCCAUAGCUAGAGGAAGAAAUAAGCUGUUUUUGUUUAGGCCUCUUAGGUUUGAUAGCUGUUGCUGCAUUUUAACUUUAUUUAGAAUAUGUAGAGAAAUUUUAAAACUCCACAAAACACCAAUUCAAAAAUGGGCCUAGAACUCGAAGAGACAUUUCUGUAAAGAUAGAUAGAUGACUUAUAAGCACAUGAAUAGAUGCCCAACAUUACUAAUCCAUUAGGGAAAUGGAAAUCAAAACCACAAUGAGAUACCACCUCACACCAAUUAGGAUGGCUAAUUUUUUUUUUUUUUUUAAACUUUUGUGACAUGGUGUUUCUCUGUCACCCAGGCUGGACUACAGUGGUGCAAUCAUGGCUCACUGCAGCCUUGAUCUCACUGGCUCAAGCGGUCUUCCCACUUCAGCCUCCCGAGUAGCUGGGACUAUAGGUGCAUGCCGCUACACCUGGCUAGGUUUUUAAUUUUUGAUAGAAAGAGGGUCUAAAUAUGUUGCCCAGGCUGGUCCCAAACUCAUUAGUUAAGCAAUCCUGCCUCAGCCUCCCAAUGCACUGGAAUUACAGGCAUGAGCCACUGCGCCUGUCUGAAGAUGGCUAAUAAUUUUUUUAAAAGAAAGUAGGCUUUGCAGAUGCCACCGCUGCCGGGAGCCCUGUACUAUCAGCCAUGGUCAACCUCAGUGUUCUUCAACAUUGCUGAUGAAGGCACACCCUUGGGCCGUAUCUCCUUCAAGCUGUUUGCAGACAAGGUUCCAAAGACAGCAGAAAACUUUCAUGCUCUGAGCACUGGCGAGAAAGGAUUUGGUUUUAAGGGUUCCUGCUUUCACAGAAUUAUUCCAGGGUUUAUAUAUCAGGGUAGUGACUUCACACGCCAUAAUGGCACUGGUGGCAAGUCCAUUUAUGGGGAGAAAUUUGAUGAUGAAAAACUUCAUCCUAAAGCAUGCAGGUCCUGGCAUCUUGUCCAUAGUAAAUGCUGGACCCAACACAAACAUCUGCACUGCCAGGACUGAGUGGUUGGAUGGCAAGCAUGUGGUCUUUGGCAAGGUGAAAGAAGGCAAGAAUAUUGUGGAGGCCUCUUUUCGCCAUCUUUUCUCUUCCCGUGGAGCUGUCGCCAUGAAGGUCGAGCUGUGCAGUUUUAGCGGGUACAAGAUCUACACCGGACACGGGAGGCGCUACGCCACGACCGACGGGAAGAUUUUCCAGCUUCUUAAUGCGAAAUGCGAGUCAGCGUUCCUUUCCAAGAGGAAUCCUCGGCAGAUAAACUGGACUGUCCUCUACAGAAGGAAGCACAAAAAGGGACAGUCGGAAGAAAUUCAAAAGAAAAGAACCUGCCGAGCAGUGAAAUUCUAGAGGGCCAUUACUGGUGCAUCUCUUGCUGAUAUAAUGGCCAAGAGGAAUCAGAAACCUGAAUUUAGAAAGGCUCAACGAGAACAAGCUAUCAGGGCUGCUAAGGAAGCAAAAAAGGCUAAGCAAGCAUCUAAAAAGACUGCAAUGGCUGCUGCUAAGGCACCUACAAAGGCAGCACCUAAGCAAAAGAUUGUGAAGCCUGUGAAAGUUUCAGCUCCCCGAAAACGCUAAACUGGCAGAUUAGAUUUUUAAAUAAAGAUUGGAUUAUUAAAAAAUAUAUAUAUUGUGGAGGCCAUGGAGCGCUUUGGUUCUAGGAAUGGCAAGACCAGCAAGAAGAUCACCAUUGCUGACUGUGAACAACUGUAGUAAGUUUGACUUGUGUUUUAUCUUAACCACCAGACCAUUCUUUCUGUAACUCAGGAGAGCACCCCUCCACCCCAUUUGCUCUUAGUAUCCUAGAAUCUUUGUGCUCUUGCUGCAGUUCCCUUUGGGUUCCAUGUUUUCCUUGUUCCCUUCUGUGCCUUGCUGGAUUGCAGUGUUAAGUUUAUGAUUAUGAAAUUAAAACUAAAUAACAAAAAGAAAAUAGUAAAUGUUGGCAAUGAUAUGAGAAAUUGGAACCCUUGCACACUGUUAGUGGGAAUAAAAAUGGUACAGAAACUGUGGAAAACAAUAUGGCUGUCUCUUUAAAAAUUGAACAUGGAAUUACCGUAUAAUGCAGCAGCUGCACUUCUGGGUAUCUACCAAAAAUAAUUGAAAACAGGGUCUCUAAGAGCCAUUUAUUUGUACACCCAUGUUCAUAGCAGCACUAUUCACAAUAGCUAAAACAUGGAAGCAACCCAGAUGUCCACCCACGGAUGAAUGGAUAAGCAAAAUGUGGUAUAUCUGUACAAUGGAAAGAAUUUCUGAAAUAUGCUACAACAUGAAUGAACCUUGAAGACAUUAUGCUAAAUGAAGUAAGCCAGUCACAAAAAGACAAGUACUGUAUGAUUCCACUUACAUGAGGCACUAGAGUCAUCAAGGUACUAGUAGCAGAAAGUGGAAUGGUGGUUGCCAUGGGCUGGGGGAUGGAGAAUGGGAGUUACUGUUUAACGGGUACAGAGUUUCAGCUUUACAGACGGAAAGAGUUACAGAGAUGGAUGGUAGUGGUGAUUACACAACAGUAUGAACAUAUUACCACUGAACUGUACACGUGAAAAUGGUUAUGAUGGUAAAUUUUGUUAUGUGUAAAAAAAAUUGGAAAAAUGUGUAAAAUUUUUUAAAUUGCUGAAGUGUAUGUGGCAGAUUCUCUGCCCCCCAUUUCCCCUUUCUUAAUAUGAAUGGUCCCUCCUCCCACAAAACUCUAAGCCCUUUCUGCCCCCUCCAUGUCACCGUAUGAACACUCAUUCUUUGUUUUUUAAUGACUACAUGUCAUCUCAGUGUAUGGACGCACUAUCCCCUAUUAAAGAGAUGUAGAAGUGUGCUGUAA